CAUUCCUUGCCGACCCUGCAGCUCCCUUAUUCACGAUCUGUCAGAUCACUUCUUCUUCCUCAGGUUGAUCUCGAUGAGCAGUGCAAAGAUUCAAGUUGCCAUCCAGUGACAGCCAUGCCUGGCGUGCUGGGCAGGAUGGUGGCCCGGCUCAAACGCCGCCAGGCUGCCCGCUGUCGCUCUCACUCAGUACAAGACGGCCUAAGAGCACUCUCAGACGACAGCAACAGCCAAACAGAUAAUGGAAUCACCGCGAAUCUGCGAACCUUCUCCCUCCAAGACUUCCACAAAGACCCGAUGCAAGCGGAAAGCAGCCAACCCCCUCCGCACGUCUUUGGACAGCCGGGCUUCACGUAUGAGUUCACGUUUUCACCACACGCCAAGGCCUGGCCCGGCCCUUCAUACGACGAGACCUCUCUAUACGCCCCGGGCUGCUUCGACAACCCACGCACGUCCAAGCGUCGAUCGAAACCCAAGUCUUCCAAACGAAGACUCUCCCAGGACCAUCGGCAAGCAACUCACAUACCGCCACUGCCACCGUCACCCCCACCCUUCGAAACUACAUCUCUCCAAUUCGCAAAGAUGGCCGCUCGCCAAAAGAAAGCCGCUCAGCCCAAGCCCCAAUACUUCGGUUCUGCUCCUCCUCGUGAUCCGCCGCUUCACCUCCUCAGCCUGCCAGGAGAAAUCCGCAAUCACAUCUACCGCCUACUGUGCGUGAGCGACGAGCCGCUCUAUCCAUGCUUCCGCGUCAUCAUCAAACCCAAGCAAGGGCGCAAGAAGCAAUCGGACACUUACCGCCGCUUUCCCCGAGAGCCCGUGCUUGCACUCGUGUGUCGCCAGCUCGAGCGUGAGGCGCUCUCACUCUUCUACAGCGAGAAUACCUUCACAUUCUGCAGAAAGGACCCCCGCAAAGUCCCCGCUAUCGAGCUGGCGCCGAACAUGACCCGCGAGCCGUUCCUGUUGAGGUGGAGGCCGCAACGUGGUCUCGCCGGCAAUCUCACCCACUUGGAGCUGCAGUUGUUCACGAUGGCGUCGGAGUCAGGCCAUCACCUCAUCACCUACACCUUUCGCAAAUCCAGCGACGGCAAGCUGCACAUCGAGUAUGACGCAUCGCUCCCGGAGUACUGCUUGUGCGCCGAGGACAAAGUGGUGGAGGAAGUCCGGCAAAAUCAGUUACGUGAAGGCCAGGCCCCGCGGGAUCUGAUUGCUCACGUGAGUGACACGCUCACCGUGAGAAGGAGGCUGUUGAUGGACCAGUGGCCGUGUGUGGUCUUGAGCGGUACCUCCUCCUUUCGUGUCUUGCAUUGCCAGGCUUGUGGGCUGAAGCGUUUUCGGGAUGCGGCGAUGCGGCAGUGAGACCAGGGAGUGGCGGUGCAGAGGGCCUGUAUUGGAUGCUCGGUACGUGGCUGCGGAGGAGAGUAGCAUUCCGUUACUUAUCCUACAUUGAGGGUCUGGCGGAGAUGUGUGACGCUUCAACCUACCGAAGCAGAAGUUACGUUGCUGAAGAGCAAGAAUUGAUAGAGCAGCGUCUGCACAGUCAAGUCCCCGUCUCAUAC